AUGACAGAUAAGCUCGCGUUGCUUGCAUUCAAGGCCGCAAUAACCAUGGACCCUUUUGGGGCGCUGAAUUCAUGGAACCAUACGACUGACCACUGUCGAUGGCACGGUGUCAUAUGCGGUCGCCUACACCGCAGAGUCACAGGACUAGACCUGCAAGCCUUGAAGCUUUCGGGAUCCAUCCCCCCUCAUAUUGGAAAUUUGAGUUUCUUGAGAGUCCUGAUGCUCUACAACAAUAGUUUUCAUCACGAAAUCCCACAACAAGUCAGCCAUUUGCACAGUCUACGUGUCUUGCGAUUAUCCGUCAACACAUUGGAAGGCGAAGUCCCGAGAAACUUGUCAAGUUGCACUCACCUUACACGGCUCCUCCUUCUUAAAAACCGGCUAGUUGGAGAAAUUCCCUUCGAGUUUGGUUCUUUAGUGAAGCUUCAGCUUCUUGGCUUAGGUGAGAACCAUCUAACGGGAACUAUUCCUUUUUCCAUCAGAAACAUGUCAUUGUUAGAGGGUCUUGGUCUCGCUUGGAAUGAAUUGGGUGGAAAGAUACCUCAAGCUCUAGGAAAAUUAACCAAACUCAAAGUGCUUCAAUUAGAAGGAAAUAGGUUGUCAGGCACAAUUCCUCCAUCUAUCUUCAAUCUUUCUUCCAUAAAGGAGUUCGAAAUCGGUAAUAAUGAAAUAGGAGGGAAUCUUCCUGCCAAUAUAGGCUUUGCUCUUCCAAAGAUCGAGAUUUUCACCAUUGCGCGUAACCGAUUCACUGGAGUGAUUCCUCGGUCAAUGUCUAAUGCAACCACUUUAAGGUGGCUACAAGUCACUUCAAACAAACUCUCGGGGAAAAUGCCUCCUUUGGACUGCUUCAACAUGCUCAAACUUGUGAAAAUCGGUUAUAAUUAUCUUGGAAGCGGAGGAUAUAGUGAUUCAAGCUUCUUUUGCUCAUUGACUAACGCCACCUCUCUAGUGGUGUUGUUUAUGCAAAACAACAACUUUGGCGGGACGUUGCCCGAGUGUAUCGGUAAUUUCUCUAAUACUCUCUUACAAUUGUCGCUGGGCGAGAAUCUACUGUUUGGCACAAUUCCCAAAAUAGUCGGAAAUCUCAUCAACUUGCAAAGGCUUCUUUUGGACAACAACAGGUUUUCAGGUACACUCCCCUCCGUUCUAGGAAAUCUUCAUAACUUAGUGGAAAUGGAACUAUCGUAUAACAAGUUUUCCGGACCAAUACCUUCUUCAUUAGGAAACCUAGUAAAUCUAGCACGACUCUAUCUCGAUCACAAUAACUUUCACGGCUUCAUUCCUUCAUGUCUAUCGGAGUGCCGAAAUUUGGUGGAACUUGAUCUAUCUAGUAACAACUUAAAUGGAACUAUACCACCAAAGUCCAUAGGCCUCUCAUCACUAUCUAUACUUCUGAACUUGUCUCGAAACCAUCUCACCGGUGUCCUACCUGAGGAAGUCGGGAAAUUGAAUCUUUUGGCUCGACUGGAUGUCUCCAGAAACAUGUUGGAUGGCCACAUUCCGGCUAGUCUUGGCAGUUGUGUUGGAUUGGAGGUGCUCAAAAUGCAAGAGAAUUCUUUCCGAGGCACCAUUCCUUCAUCUAUGAGUAUGUUGAGGAAUCUCAAUGAGAUAGAUCUUUCACAUAACAAUUUAUCUGGUCAAAUUCCAGAGUUUUUCAAGGCUUUUCACUUCUUAGAGACCCUAAAUUUGUCAUACAAUAACUUUGAAGGCACAUUACCGACUAAAGGAAUCUUUAAUAAUGUCAGCGCUACUUUUGUCUUUGGAAAUGACAAGCUUUGUGCAAGAUUGCCCCAAUUUCGUCUCUCGAAAUGCAGCUCUAGGAACUCAGGCCAGAAACUCAUCCUUAAGCGGAAGCUUGCCAUCUUGAUUUUCUUUGGCGUUCUUGGAAUAGCUCUUCUUCUUGUUUUUAUGUACUUUGGUUGGUUGAAGAAGAAGAAAAGAAUAGAGCCAGCUUCAAAUUCCAAAGAUGAUUCAUCAUUGAGUCUAUCUUAUGGAACUCUCCUUAAAGCGACCGAUGGGUUUUCUUCAAGUAACUUGAUCGGGGUUGGUGGUUUUGGAUAUGUUUACAAGGGAGUCCUUGAUGAGAAUGGAACCGUCAUUGCUGUGAAGGUACUUAAUUUGAUGCUUCAUGGUGCUGUGAAGAGCUUCAUAACCGAGUGCGAGGCUUUAAGGAACAUUCGACACCAUAAUCUUUUGAAAGUCCUAACAGUAUGCUCGGGCACUGAUUAUAGUGGCAAUGAGUUUAAGGCCUUGGUUUAUGAGUUCAUGGUCAAUGGCAGCCUAGAAGAUUGGCUACAUCCAAGCCCAUCACCAGCUAAUGUAGAUGGGAAUGUGAAAAAAUUGAGUCUCAUCCAGAGGAUAAAUAUUUCCAUCGAUGUUGCUUCAGCAUUAGAUUAUCUCCAUAACAACCUACAAAGCCCUGUUAUCCAUUGUGAUUUGAAGCCAAGCAACAUCCUACUAGAUGUUGAAAUGGUUGGACAUGUUGGAGACUUUGGUUUGGCGAAGAUCAUGAUUGAAUCUCCCAAUGACACUAAAGCGAGUAUGAGCUCUGCUGGUGUAAGAGGAACUAUCGGCUAUGCUGCUCCAGAAUAUGGAAUGGAAAGCGCGGCUUCAAGAGAAGGCGAUGUUUAUAGUUAUGGCAUUCUCUUGCUUGAGAUGUUCACGGGCGUGAGUCCAACAAAUGAAAUGUUCAGAGAAAAUUUUAACCUUCAUAAGUUCGUCAAGGAAGCCUUGCCUGAACAACUCCUAGAGAUUACUGAUCCUCUUCUACUUCAAGAAAUGGAGAGCCACAAGGGCAUGGGCAGAGGUGAUGCAGCUCGCGAUUUUCUGGAGAUGGUUUAUAGAAUUGGAGUCGCCUGCUCAGUCCAAGCACGCAGAGAGCGGAUGAACAUCACAAAAGUCGAAGCUCAGCUGCAUUUUAUCAGGGAUAAACUUCAUGCAGCUGGUUUCCAAGGAUAG